AGCCGGUGGGCAGGCCGCGAGCGCGCGCGGGGGCGGGGCCUCGGCCGCGGAGCCCUGCUGCUCGCGGUCCGGACCUUAGGCGCGAGCCGGGGAGGCAACGCCGAACGCGGGCUCGAACGCUGCCGGUGGCGCUCGGUGUUCUUAGGCCCCUCCCCCCUCGCUCAUCGGCCGGGACGCGGGAGGUCGCGGCGCGCGGCGGGGCCACGAGGUGGUGCGGGCGGGGGCGGCCAAUGCGAAACUGGCUGGUGCUGCUGUGCCCGUGCGUGCUCGGGGCCGCGCUGCACCUCUGGCACCUCUGGCUGCGCUCCCCGCCGCGCCCCCGCGCCUCCGGGCCCGGCGCGGCAGAUCAGUCAGCCUUAUUUCCUCGCUGGAAGUUUAGUCACUAUGAUGUAGUAGUUGGUGUGUUAUCCGCUCGAAAUAACCAUGAACUUCGAAAUGUGAUCAGAAACACCUGGCUGAAGCACUUGCUGCAACACCCUACAUUAAGUCAACGUGUGCUUGUGAAGUUCAUAAUAGGUGCCCGUGGCUGUGAAGUGCCUGUGGAAGACAGGGAGGAUCCUUACUCCUGCCGCCUGCUCAACAUCACCAAUCCAGUUUUGAAUCAGGAAAUUGAGGCCUUCAGCUUUCCUGAAGAUGCCUCCGCAUCCAGACUCUCUGAAGACCGAAUUGUCAGCGUGAGCUUCCGAGUUCUUUACCCAAUCGUGAUUACCAGUCUCGGAGUAUUCUAUGAUGCCACUGAUGUUGGCUUUCAGAGGAACAUCACAGUCAAGUUGUAUCAGACAGAGCAGGAGGAAGCCCUUUUCAUCGCUCGAUUUAGUCCUCCAAGCUGUGGCAUACAAGUGAAUAAACUGUGGUAUAAGCCUGUGGAACAAUUCAUCUUACCAGAGAGCUUUGAAGGUACAAUCGUGUGGGAAAGCCAAGAUCUCCAUGGCCUCGUGUCCAGAAACCUACACACAGUGACAAUGAACGAUGGAGGAGGUGUUCUCAGAGUCAUUACAGCUGGGGAAGGGGCACUGCCUCAUGAAUUCAUGGAAGGCGUGGAGGGAGUUGCAGGUGGCUUUAUCUACACUGUUCAGGAAGGCGACACACUGUUACAAAGCCUUCAUUCUCGGCCCCAGAGACUUGCAGAUCACAUCCGGGAUCUGCGAAUAGAAGAUGCCUUACUGCAGGAGGAAAGCAGCGUCUAUGACGACAUUGUCUUCGUGGAUGUUGUGGAUACUUACCGGAAUGUUCCUGCAAAAUUACUGAACUUUUAUAGAUGGACUGUGGAAACUACCAGCUUUGGUUUGCUGCUCAAGACAGAUGAUGACUGUUACAUAGACUUAGAAGCUGUCUUUAAUAGAAUUGCUCAGAAGACUCUAGAUGGGCCUAAUCUCUGGUGGGGAAAUUUCAGGUUGAACUGGGCAGUGGACAGAACUGGAAAGUGGCAGGAGCUGGAGUACCCCAGCCCAGCUUACCCUGCCUUUGCAUGUGGGUCAGGGUACAUGAUCUCCAAGGAUAUCGUUGACUGGCUGGCAGGCAACUCUGGACGCUUAAAGACCUAUCAGGGUGAAGAUGUCAGCAUGGGCAUUUGGAUGGCAGCCAUAGGACCUAAAAGACACCAGGACAGCCUGUGGCUAUGUGAGAAAACCUGUGAGACAGGAAUGCUGUCUUCUCCUCAGUACUCACCAGAAGAGCUGAGCAGACUGUGGGAACUGAAGGAGCUGUGCGGUGAUCCUUGUCAGUGUGAGGCAAAAGUGAGGUGAUCCUCAAAGACCAGGGACUGUAAGUCUGAGGAGAGCCCAUGGCUGGUAUUGAGCUGUAAGCAGUAGGGUAUUACUAGUGUUUGCACAGAUCUUAAUGACUCAGCUGGUACUGUAGCAUGUUUUUAUUUAUAAAUUGGAAGUUUAUUUAUACCAAAUUAUUUUAUAAAAAGUAUUGCUAAAUUCCUGGUCACUGUCAAUAAUUAGUAAUUCAUUAUCAUUUUUGGUUAAACCUGGCCAAAUCCAGAAAAUUGUAAUAGCACCAUUUGAAUCUCAACCAGGAUUACAAAAUAGCUUUGCCUAACUUAAAUAGGCCAGAAAGAACCUACAAAGAUGCUGUGUGGCGCAGGGGUCAUAUAUAUACCAAAGUCUGAGUUGCUGGAAAUACCAGUUUGUGGGUCUCUGAUAUGGGGGCAACCUGGCCUUGAAAAGGAAAUGCUGUGUAACCUGAAGUUUGGGAUCUUGCUUUUAAAAAUGUUUAUUUACCUAGGUAGCAUGUUUUCUUUUACCGUUUAAUGUCUAUCCUGAAUGUCUCAGGGUAGUACUGAGACAUUUACUCUCACUAAUCUGUUUUUGUGAGUAUGAGUAAAAGUGAACACCUCAGGGCUCUGUGUCACAGGGAAGUAGGGAAGGCACUCAGCCUUGCCUGAUGUUUACCUAAGAUUGAGUAGGAGGUGGUGAUCUGUGGAAGACAGGCUCAGUGUAGGCAUAAUUUUGGAAAAGUAUGGUGCACAGAGUAGAAGAUACGUCUCCUCGGCUAAAGGGACAUUCUCAGAAUGAUCAACCAAAUCACUGUAGAAAAACUUUAAAAUAGUAAGUAGCCCACAGCCGAUGUUAACUGUUAGACUGUUUCUACUUCAUAUUUACAUCUUCACAUAAGGGAAUGCAGUAAAGCUAUGAAAACAGAAAGAGUAGGGAAAAAAAUCACUAGUAAUCAAAACCUUUAUUAAUAUACAACCCAAUGGUCUUUUCCCAACAAAGCAUACAUCUUUUGUGAAGGCAAAGUUUCUGUGUCUGGUGUAUACACAUGCCAGUCACUAACUGCUACCAUCGCACUAGUAGACAGUCUCCACUUUCUACAGAAUAAAACUGUAAUGACUGUAGAUCAUUUUCUAGUUCGAUUUCUCUGCCAGGCAUCUAAAAUUAGAACGAAGUGGGGAAGAAUAAGUAAGACAGAUCUGAUGGCACAUGCUCUACAUGCUACCCUCCAAUGGCACAUGACUGGACAAGUCAAAAGGCUGCCUCCAUUACAGUCUGUUGUGCAUGGCACAAGGUACUGUGGAGAACUGAGCUUAGCUUUGUGUUUUUGCUUAGCAACUCACCUUGGGACUUUCAUAGGACAACAUCAGUUCUGACACAGGAACUUUGAGGAGACGUGAUAGCAGUCCCUUUACCUUUUGAACUGUCAUGGAAUCUAUCAAAGAAAAGAAAAAUCCAUUUCUCUCAAAUGAUGACUUCAUGUAGAAACAGCUCAGCUGAGGCAGCCGUGAUCUGUUCUUUCUUAGCAUUAGUUUACCUAAGAUGAUGAAAGGCUUGACCCACUGUACCUGUUGAUUCUUUUGGCAAACUGGAAAAUGGAGACAAUGUUUGACCCAAUUGGUCUUGACAGUAAGGUGUCAUACCAUUUUAGUAGCAUUUACUAUUUCUUCCUCAAUCUAAGUAACCAGAAAUAACCAAGCCUUUGUGAUAACUUCCUAAGGGGUUGCUAAAGAUCCCUGGAGUGGGGCCUUGAGGACACCUCUCAGCCUUACUUUCCCUCUAGAAGAGAGCAUAGAAAUAGGUGGUUGAUGAGGUCCCUCCUAGCAUGAGUAUCCAGUUAACAUCAGGAUGUGCACACAUGACCAGUCAGUGUGGUAAGUUUAACUCAGAAACACAAAUGCUCUGGUCCAUUCAGAACACACUAGGAACUUCUUUCCAAAGACAGGUUGUGGUACAUAGUGGAUAUUUUGAUUAAGAAUAUUAGUUUCUCUGAAGCUUUAGCUGAAAAGUACAGCAAUAGUGUGGUACCCCACAAAGAUCACAAUGUAGUCAAUUAUUUUUCUAUAAAACUUGUUUUUAUAAAUGCUGUGUUUUUAUGCAACUUGUGAUAAUAAAUCUCUAUUUUAGAAUAAAA